AUGAAAUUCAAGUUCUACGGAAUAUCAGUGCUAGAUUUCUUUCCCAUCAUCAUUUACAUUUUUCUUCUUAGUCAAUACUUGGAAGUUAAUAUAAUCAUUUACUCUGUUUUACAAUCUUUAAAAUCUUUAUUUGUAAAUCUGUGCCCAUAUGCAUUGUCGGAGAAACUAAAAAACUUACUCAUUCUCAGAUUGCAUUGUGGAAUAUGCAUCCAUUAUUCAAAGAAAGGGCAACAUUCCAAGCACUUACACUUUCUCUCCUUGCUAGCUAAAUUGGCUGACAAGCUAAAGAAGUCAAUGGAGGAUGAAAUUCAUUUUAUCAAGGGAAGGGUUUCAGAACUUGAAAGUGAUCUUCUGUCAAAGUCCACAGAAGUUACAUCUGCAGUUUCAAGGAAAGAAGAAGCUCUAUCUUCUGCAUUUCCUGAAAUUGACCGUCUGAAGGAAGAAAAUUUUGUAAAAACAUGAGCAUUAUUGAAUGAAUAUGGAGGGUGUUUACUGUGUUGGACUGUAUUUGUUUCUUGCACAUG